GGAUGGCAAUCAAAUACUCGAGGCGUCUCUUAUGUUUUUGGAGCAGAUGUUGUGAAUGACACGCUCCCACUUUUGGACAUUGAUCUUAUAGCUAGAGCACACCAGGCAUGCUGGAACUUUUGUGCUUUCCAGGUCGUACAAGAUGGUUACGAGUUUUUCGCCAAUAAACGGCUGGUUACCAUAUUUUCCGCGCCACAUUACUGUGGGCAAUUUGACAAUGCAGCAGCAAUGAUGAAUGUUGACGAAGGAUUAGUGUGCUCUUUUCAGGUAGAAACCUACAAAAAAAUCAUGCGUCCAACAAUUAAGGCCAAUAAAGUAGUGGCCAGAUCUAGCUAA